CGUUGUUUUCGUUCAGAGCAGCAUUAACCCUCGACGGCGACGCUCGUUUUUCGGUUGUUCGGCUCCUGAAAUCGAAAUUGUAAUUUCGCACAGCGUAUACAUUAGAUUUUCCUCCUUUACGUGUCGCGCGUGUGCUAUUCUUGUUAUUGUCCUGUCGUCGCCUUUUUUUUCGGGUGUAUACUUAACAAAAUCGUUACAAUUAAACAAUUUUUUUCACGUGUGUUACUGUUACUUCAUCUUGGUACUCAAACACAAAAGUCAAACAAAUAAAGCACGUUAAAGAGAACACCGAAAAAGAAAUAACAAAAACAAAUACAAAUACAAAUAACAUAGGUUGUUGUUGUUGUCGCGCAGCAUGUGGAGUUACAGUUAACUGUUACAGUUAACGGGCAGCAACGUGAGGUGGAGAAAGAGGUGUGUAAAAGCAGUGGGAGAAGCACAAGGAGCAGCAAAAGCGAAAAGAGGGUAGAGAGUAGGAUUUACUGCUUCGCUUCACUAAAUGCAGUCGACGCUGCGAUUAUUAUGUGCCAGCUUCAAUAACAACAACAGCAACAGCAAAAAACCGCCGCAGCAGCAGCAACAACAUCACUUGAUACAAAAAUAAACAAACAAAAUCAAUCAAUUAAUCAAUCUGCUGAGCACACCGCUCUCCACGCCCACACACACACGCGCAACAACACAUAACACAGGCACAACAACAACACACACAAACACACACACUCACGAGUGCGAGUCAACGCCCACGCCCAUUGGAGAAAAAGGAGGGAGUGGCAGGACGACAACAAGCAAAGGAGGUGGAGAAGAAAGGAGGAGGCGAAGCACGAGGACGAAGACAACAUGUUCCACUCACUUGUUUUGAUGUCCUGCGCCCUUGCCGCCCUGUCUGUCGCCCAGGGGGCGGGGCCCGCUCGAUCCAAAUCGCUGCCGUUAUCGCUAUCGCUAUCGGUAUCGGUAUCCUCGUCAUCGGCAUCCAGUCCAGGAGCUGCUGACCCAACAGCCGCCGCCGCCACCACUACCACCGCUCAGACCCCCUCCCCCGCUCCCUUUGCCAGCAAACAGCUAAACAGAUGCCGUCAAAGUUGCUAUCAGCAGCUUUCCAAGGACUGGCAUUAUUGUAAGGAUUCCGUUGAUUGCACAAACUGCUGCCAAAAGCUGAUGGCACCCUUCGAACUGCGAGUGCUGAAGGCCCAGCGCCAGGAGUCGCUCGUCCUCACGGACAUCGGUUGGGAUGAGAUGAUAGCGAAUGCCUCGCGCCAGUGCCUCAUCACCUGGGAGGUGUCCGGCGGCGGUCUCAUCGGCAAUCUCCUCACGGACACCGCCCGGGCGGAGCUCUCCUUGUGGCCGGACACCGUCUACAACAUCCAGGUCAAGUGCAAGCACAAGCUCACGGGUCUGAUGCGGCGUUCGAUCAAGCUGAAUGUGGACACCAGCCAGUUGGUGGGCACGACAACGACCACAACCAGCACACCGAGGACCCAGGGGCAGUCAGCGGAGCAGCCGGUGGAGCAGCCGAUGAACCAUCCAGAUGCCUUGGAGCACUCGCAACGCAUUCGCGUCCGGCCCACGGAUCGGGUGUACAUAAUCAGUGCCCUGCCGACGGCCAGCGAACUGGGCGGUGUGGUUUAUCCGGCCUUCGGGGCGUUGGCCUUCUUCCUGGCCCUGCUGGUCAUGUUCCUGUUCCUGCGUCCGCAGCGCAAGCGAUUCCCACUGGAUGCGGACAGCGCGGACACGGCCACGUUGAUAGGUCGCAGUACGAGCAGCUCGAGGAACUCACUGGACGCCUCCACGCUGCAUGUCUAAGGCGGAGGUUAUCCGGACAACUUGUAGUCGUAUAUAUAUAGAUGUCUGACUAUGUGAUAUUCUGCACCCCAAAAAGAAAACCAUACAAAAACAAAUUAACAAAUUAACAAAUUACAAAUGAACAAAGGACGCGAAGACAACUGUGUACAUACCCCUUGCCGCGUUAGUUAGUCCUUCCCUAUCCAAAAAUGUGAAAUCCUGAAUUUUGAUUCGAUAUGAUAGAUCAGAUCGAAUCGAAUCGAUUCGGAUCAAAUUGAAUUGAAUUGAAUUGAGUUGGAGAGUCAAGCAACGUUUGCUCAACUAAGUUAAGUUUUAUCCUCUGCCAUUCGUAGAUCCCAAUGCCAAACCAGCGCAGUCAUAUACAUAUACACGCAUGAUAAACAUACAUAGCUCUAUAUACAUAUACCAACUAUAUUAUACAUUUAACGCAUUUACUAUAUACAUACAUAUAUAUCAUAGUUAUACAAGCAGGAGCAGCUAGAGAUCAAGAUAAAGAUACAGAUGCAGAUACGUUUACGGUUACGGUUACGGAUACAAAUAUAUAUAUAUAUAUAUAUAUUAUAUUAUUAUAUAUUAUAUACUAUAUAUUAUAUUAUAUACAUAAUUAGCCUAGGGGCCAGCGGCCAACCAACUACAUACACCAAACUAAAUGCAACAAAUUGCUACAAAUUUUUUGUCAAUCGUCGCUCGCUUGCAAACAUACAAACAAUAUAAAUUUGUUUUUUACUCAGGUUAAAAACAAAUAUAUAUACCAAUUAAUACAAAUACAAAAUAUCAUGCAUCUCUUUUCCAUUUUUAGUCGUCUUUAAACUUAAAAGAAAAGGAAAAGCUAAAGCAAAACAAAAAAGGAAUUACAAAUUAACAAGAAAGCAACUUAAAUCAGAAGUAAAUAUUUUUCAAAAUUUUUAAAUGUUUAUACCUAGACAAACUCAAUUAAAUUACCAACAAAGUAAACUAUUAUAAAUGACUUACUGUACUUGAGCAUGUAAAAACAAAGUAACAAAGUAACUAAACUAAAACUAAACUAUGGUUAAUGGUUAAUUAAAGAUGGUUAAUUAAUGAUCAAAGCUGAGAGAAAUAACUUCGCUACGCAAAAUGCCUGUAAAUAUUUUAGCCCUAAUUUAUUUAUAUUUCAACAAUCCAUUGUUGUGUUAACCUAUGAUUUUAAGAAUACGGAAUACGGUUUUCCAGGGGCAAGAAGAUGAUCUUAUUUUUCGAACAAAGAAUGAACAACUUAAUCUGAUUAAUGGAGUGUUCCUGCUUUUGAUGCUUCUUAUACUUAAACGUUUGUUUUUAGUGUCUGCUCCAAUGGUUGUAGUAUGAAUUAGUGAAUUUCGAUCAAAUCAACAAAGAUCCAACCAUCUUCUUUCCCCAAAAUGGAAUCUCUGGAGUGAGAACCUUGUGUAGUGUGAACCCAUUGCCAUAUACAAUGCAGUCCUAGUUUAAUAUUAGUUAAGCGAUCCAAAUGUGUUACCUCUUUUUUUUCUGUAUGUAUAUCUCUUUUUUUUUUUUGUGUGUGGCAGAGACUCGUUUAGACUAAAUACGAAAUAUGCCAAUCACAUUUUAGAUAUGUACUGUGUAUGAAUAAAUUCGGACGAGAAGGAUGGUAGCGGAUGUGCGGCACCCUUUCAACAUUUAUCCUUUAUUCGUUUAUUAUGUAAAUAUAAUUUGAUUUGUUAUUGCAGCUCAUUUUUGGCUACUUUUAUUUGUUGCGGGUUGGCAUGGGAAUAUAUGUAUAUGUAUGUAUGUGCACGUAUUCAUUUAUGCACACUAUACCCACCCCCCCACUCGCUUUGUAAUCAAAAAACUAAGGCAUCGAUUUUUGUGGCUCCCCCCCUUCUGUCUUCUGCUCCACUGUUCUUCCCGAUUUCCCCCAUUUUCCCCGUUUCUCCCCUUCAUCGUCCUUGUCCUCGUCCUCGUCCUCGCACUUAUCAUAUAAAUUAGAGUUGGGAUAUGCAAAUGCAUGCAAGACGAGGGGGUUGAUUGUGUAAAGGGGUCGUCGUGUCGAUUAUGAGAAACUUCUUUGGCUAGAUGAAAUGGAAAAAUUCCUUUGCCGCGGCCGAAAAAGUAUUCUCUAAAGAAUUUCCGAUUAAACUUUUCCUUUUCUGCGCAAAAACUCUCUUUUCGUCGGCUUGGGGAAACUUUUUCGUUCUUCUCUGCUAUUCUGCUGCUUUCUUUAUUUUUAUUUUUAAUUUUUUUUACUUUUUUAAUUUAAUUUUUUUUUUUUGUGUUAGCCUUUCCUGUUUUUGGAUUAGCAAAAGGGGGUUGGCUUUGGUGGCCACUUGGCUGCCAUUAGAUCCCAAUCCCCGUCAUCCCCCUUUUGGUUCAGCUGUUGUUUGCUCGGCCACUUCAGCAUCCCCCCCAACUCCACAUUCUCAAGCACUUUUUAUAAACCAAAUUAAAUUUAUAUGCCCCUACAGCUAAAGCAGCCCCAAUCCCUCCUCUUAACCCAUGCUCGCCUGCCGAUGUCUGUGUUGUUUUUUUUUUGUGGGCCAAGCCAAUCCCAGGCUCUCGACGCUGUCAACUGCCAAUUAGCUGAGCAUUUUUCAACAUUUUAAAUUGUCUUCCCAGAGUGCGUGGUGCCCCCCAUCCCAGUUCCGAAGGGGUCUUUUCCGAGGCGGGGGGAUUAGGUCUGGGCGACACUUGAGUGAGACGUCCAAGCGAUUUUGCUUUUAUAACCCCAAUACCCAUUGGGAACAUGCCCAUUUGGGCAUGUCCACUGGCAGCAAUACCCCUUGCUCUGCAGUGUGAUCAGCCUAUUAUGGGUUUAACCCACAGUAGAUGUAGGUGUUCAAAUGUAGUCAAAAUUCGAAUUUUUUUAAAUUUAUUUUUUGGGUUUUUCAACUACUCAACUGAAAUCUUCCAAAUGCAUACAUAUAUUUAAAGCGUAUAUAGAAUAUUCUUUAAAGAGUAACAAAGAAUACAACUAAGUGUGGACUGAAAAACGUGUUAAACUUGGAUUCCUUUGAAUGUACAUUUCAAUCUUUUCCUAUUUUUUAUAUCACUUAUUUCUGAACGUUUUCGAAUACAAAAUAAAUGUAUAAAAAAUAUAUAAAGUUAGGUGUAUGUAUUUAUAACCAAUACAAAUGUUAAUUGAUAAAGAAAACAUUUUGAACUUAGAACAAAAGCAAACAUAACCAAAUAAACUUCUUCCUGAUAAGCUAAGCAUAUUUAUAUAUACAUAAAUAUCAGAUACAUAUAUGAAAAUAUUUAGAAUACUUUGUUAUUUUUAUUUGCUUUUUUGAUAACUGAUUAAUACUUGAACAUAACAUUAAGUGAAGCAUGUUAAAAUAUAAAGAUAAUGAUAAUCGUUUCUCAAAACCCUUUUUGAUUUACCAUUUUUCGCUGCAAUCAAAAAGAUUUCUGUUCCAUCUCUUGAUUAAAGACAAAUUUCUAAUGUUAACAAUUAGUGACUAAGUAAAUUCCCAUAUAAAAUAUUUAAGAAACCA